GCCGCCCCGCGGUCCCGGAGGGUGGGCCAGGCGAGUGGCCGCGGCGCCCCUUUCUCUUUGCCCGCCUUCUUCGCCUUUGCACUCGGGGGGCCGCCGGCGGGGCGCGCCUUGGACCGCGGUGCCCUUCAGCCUCCUCGCUCGCCCGCCCUUGCGCCUCCGACCGGCCCCAGGCAGCAUGGAGAGCGCCGCGCUCGGAGCCGAGUUCAACCUCCUCCUGGCCACCGACUCCUACAAGGUGACACAUUACAAACAAUAUCCACCCAAUACGAGCAAAGUUUAUUCCUACUUUGAGUGUCGUGAAAAGAAGACGGAGAACUCCAAAUUAAGGAAAGUGAAAUAUGAGGAAACAGUUUUUUACGGGUUGCAGUACAUACUUAAUAAAUACUUACAAGGCAAAGUGGUAACCAAAGAGAAAAUACAGAUAGCCAAAGCAGUGUACAAGGAACAUUUUCAAGACGACGUCUUCAACGAAACAGGAUGGAACUAUAUUCUUGAGAAGUACGAUGGCCGUCUUCCUAUUGAAAUAAAAGCUGUUCCCGAGGGCUUCGUCAUUCCUAGAGGAAAUGUACUUUUCACAGUUGAAAACACAGAUCCAAACUGUUACUGGCUCACCAACUGGGUUGAGACAAUCCUUGUGCAGUCCUGGUAUCCCAUCACAGUAGCUACAAACUCCAGAGAGCAGAAGAAGAUCUUAGCAAAGUACUUGCUGGAGACCUCAGGCAGUUUAGAAGGGCUGGAAUACAAACUCCACGACUUCGGUUACAGAGGGGUGUCUUCUCAAGAGACUGCAGGAAUCGGAGCUUCCGCACACUUGGUGAACUUCAAAGGCACGGAUACGGUAGCCGGCAUUGUUUUAAUUAAGAAAUAUUACGGCACAAAAGACCCCGUCCCAGGUUACUCGGUUCCAGCUGCUGAACACAGUACUAUAACAGCUUGGGGGAAAGACCAUGAAAAAGACGCUUUCAAACAUAUUGUGACACAUUUUUCUUCCGUGCCGGUCUCCGUGGUCAGUGACAGUUACGAUAUUUACAAUGCUUGCGAGAAAAUCUGGGGUGAGGAUUUGAGGCAUUUAAUUGAGAGGAGAAGUGCAGAAGCUCCCCUGAUUAUCCGUCCAGAUUCAGGAAAUCCUCUCGACACCGUGCUGAAGGUUUUGGAAAUUCUCGGAAAGAAGUUCCCCAUUGCAGAAAAUGCAAAAGGCUAUAAAGUGCUGCCACCUUACCUCAGAAUUAUUCAAGGAGACGGUGUGGAUAUCAACACAUUGCAAGAGGUCGUGGAGGGCAUGAAACAGCAGAAAUGGAGCAUUGAAAACAUUGCUUUCGGCUCGGGUGGAGCCCUUCUGCAGAAAUUAACCAGAGAUCUCUUGAACUGCUCGUUCAAAUGCAGUUACGUGGUUACUAAUGGCCUCGGGGUGAAUGUCUUUAAGGAUCCGGUAGCCGAUCCCAACAAACGUUCCAAGAAAGGAAGAUUGUCCUUGCACAGAACGCCGAACGGAGACUUUGUUACACUAGAAGAAGGCAAAGGGGAUCUAGAAGAAUACGGACAGGAUUUCCUUCACACAGUGUUUAAAAACGGAGUAGUAACGAAGACGUACUCCUUUGAUGAAGUCAGAGAAAAUGCCAGGUUGAAAACGAGUGAAUUUUCCACGGCGUCUCACUAAAGUUUCAUUCCAUGUUGGUAUAUGUGCAACAAUUAUGUACUGAUAAUGGUUUCUUGUAGAGAUCUGUGUGUUUGUGUUUGCCACAUCCUAGCCGAAUUAUUUGUUGGUUUAUGGACAUCAGUGCCCCCCCUUUUUUUGUUUCUCCUUUCAUUUUGGCCAGUCUAAAAUCGAAAUAUUUACAGCUGAAAACCUGGUCCGUGUAAUUGUAGAAUUCUUUGCUAGUCGUGAUUCAAUCUGGUAUGCAUCUCAGAACGUUGAUGAGAUUGUUUUAUAAAUAAAUGAAUAUAUAUAUAUAUAUAGAUAUAUAUAGAUAUAUAGAUAUAUAUAUAUACAGUAGCAUAUCGCAAAAUAAGAUUUACCUAAUAGUAUCAUCGCUUUAUGUUUAUAAUUAACUUGUAUUUUUGUACAAAACGAGAUUGUGUAAAAUAUAUUUAAAAGUUUCAACAAUUCCGUCUUUCCAACUUUUUUCGUGAUUUUUACAAGCAGAGACUUUCAAGGAAAUAACUGGGGGGGGGGGGUUAGGAAGAAAACUCACUGCCUUUUUUUGUCCAUUGAUCAGCAAAUAAAACAUGGCCUUAAGUUUUAUUGUGAAAAUUGUCCUGUUUGGAAGCUUUAAUCAGGAUAGCUCGCUCACAACAGUCACAGUUGUUCUGCCAUUAAGAGCCAGAUUUUUUUGUAUCCACCGAAAUGGGGCGAUACGUGACUUUUAUCAAUACAUACCUUUGUUUAAGAGGAGAAAAUAUUCACCAAACGCCAAAAACAAAGGAGUAAUUUUUUGCUGCAAAAAAAUAUUGCCAACUUUGUCGCCAUCUUCGAAGAGAGAGGCCGCAAUCUUAACGCACGCCUGCAUCUCGUGUAAAAUCUGUUGAAAUUCAGUGGGGUUUAUUUCAAUAUACCUGCUUGACAACUGACUGUAAAGCUAAGAAGUCUCCUUCCAGCCCCAAAUGUGUGAAACUGUGCAAAUAGUUAUAUUAAUUCGGAUUUUAUUUUUUUCCGUACGUGGCUACAAACAACAAAACAAAAUACUGGAUUGAAUAGUGCACUUUUUAACUUGGGGAUUGGUGUUUUUUUUUUUUUUUUUUUUGUAUUUUGCUCUUCAGUUUUGCUUUUUUUUUGUCAGAUUGGAUGUUAAACUGUAUAGCUGUCUUAAAUAUUUUUUGUUAAAUAAUUCUAAUAAAACAUUGUUCUAGCCAAACUGUUUUUAUCCUGCUAGCUUUCCCUUAAAAAAACAACAAAAGAGAACACUAUGCAGAGGUUGAAGUAUUUUUUAAAGAAACUAAACGCAGUGAAUGCUAUUCUUUUUUCCAUGACUGCACUUGAAUAAUUUUCUACCACAUGCUCUGAAUUGCUCAGUUGAAGAACAAAUUAGUUUUUGCUGUAUUAAAUUCUCAGGUGAAUGGCCAAGGAUGGUUAUUGGAAAAAAGGACUUAAGCGGUCUUUUGACGUGGCAAUAAAACUGAUUUGAGGGCUAUGCUUUAAAAACAAAAAAAAAGAACUGUAUAUCUGGAAUUUAUAUUUAAGUUUAAACAAUUAUCUGAACAACGGUUCAGGCAAGCUCUGAAUAACAUAAACGAAAGCAAGAGAAUGUGCUUUUAAACCUUGUUUGGAAAGCCAUAUUUUAAAUGUUCUGCUCUGAAAUAUAUUUAAUUUGCCAGAUUUGUCCGGGCAA